UGUGUGAGGGGGGAAGACUCUGCCCAGCGGACACAUGAGCGGUUCCUUUAACAUCGCCGCCAUGAUCUGCUUGGUGCUGGCGGUGUUCGCCAGCGUGUUCCACAGCGCCCGUUCCGGUGUCGCCGAACGCACCUUCAUCGCCAUCAAACCGGACGGCGUCCAGCGGCACCUGGUGGGGGAGAUCGUGAGGCGCUUCGAGAGGAAGGGCUUCAAACUGGUGGGGAUGAAGCUGCUGCAGGCCUCGGAGGAGCUGCUGAAGGAGCACUACAGCGAGCUGCGGGAACGGCCCUUCUAUGGGCGCCUGGUGAAGUACAUGAGCUCAGGACCCGUGGUGGCCAUGGUGUGGCAGGGCCUGGAUGUGGUCAGGAUGGCACGUACAAUGAUUGGAGAGACCAACCCGGCUGAGUCCAGGCCUGGCACCAUCCGAGGAGAUUUCUGCAUUGAAGUUGGCAAGAAUGUGAUUCAUGGCAGUGACUCGGUUGAGAGUGCCCAGAAGGAGAUCUCCCUCUGGUUCCGCCCAGAUGAGCUGACGUGCUGGGAGGAUGCGGCUGAACGAUGGAUCUAUGAGUGAUGAGACAGCCUGAGGGAAGUACAUCUUCCUAACUCGGGCAUGGGGCAUUUUCAUUAGUUCUAUUUUGGCCCCUCAGGCUGGCUGUGGAUUCUGGCUAUCACGUAUUGGGAGUUUCUCCUUUGUGUGUCUGUGGAAGGGCCCUGGGAGCUGGACUUUGUGUUUGUAACUCAGCAGUUCAGCUCCCUGCAAUAGUAGCUUUUGGUUGUUUAUUUUUUUCCCCUCCAUCUCCUGUAGCAAGUAGUUAUCACUGCUGCUCAGUUUGCUGCAGCAUCCCAAAGUCCUUAUGUGGCUCAAGGUCAUUUAUGAAGGAGAGUGAAAGCUGGGCUCCAUGCCUGUCACUGUGCUGCCAGGCUUACCAGGCACAGAGGGAUGCAUGCUACUUGCCCUGGGGGGGUACACUGCACUCACUGCAGGGUAAUCACUGUCAUCCACUUGCAUGUUGGUGCAAUCCCUCACCAGAUGCUUUCAAAGAAGUAUCAAGUGCAGAGGCUGGCGACCAAGGAUGACCCAGCCUGGUGACACUCAUUGCUAUAAUGUGUCCCUUGUGUGCAAUGGGGAGGAAGAGGCUCCGAGGACCUUAGUUGGGCUCCUCCUGUGAGCUGUUCACUUUUGGAGGCUUCCUGACUUGCUGUGACAGCAAGUCCUGUCACAAGAGAGGCCCAGAGCCACUUGUUUGAAUGUAUUCCCGUGUCCUUUACUACUGGGCCCCAUUUAUGCCUGCUGUCCCUUUGUUUUCAUACCACCAUCCAUUUCAUUAAGCUGUUUCUGAGCCCUCUACACAGCCUGCCAACAUAUAAAGGCAGCAACUGUGGCACUGCAUUCUGCUGUGGAGCAGAGUGUUUUAUUGCAUGUAGGCUGAGAUACUUUGCUCAUGUUCUGCAAGCUCAUCUCUCUCUUGAGCUAAAAGAUUUGUAUCUGCUCCCACUUGUACCUGCAGGCUGGCCUCGGGUGGUGGGACUGAGCAGAGAAAUAUCAGGAGUAAUGAGGAGAAGGGACUCAGGGACUUCUAUGAGUAACUGUGUCUUUAUUCUGCUGUCCAAUGGCAACGCACAGUGUUUCUGAUAAGCCAGAGCACCUCAUGCCUUCAGAGCCUUCUCCAAAUGGUUGGUUACAGCUCUAAUCAUCAUGAAGAAGAGAUCAUUUGUUCCCAUAAAUCAUCCAUGUGUCUUUAUUUAUAAUAAACUCUGGAGAGUCCCA